AUGGCCAGUGAUGUAGGGAUUCUCUUAAAAUGCAUUGUGAAUCGCGUACAGAAGGAGAUAAAGAAUGUAAAGGUGCCAUUCGACGUAGCUACAUAUCCCGUUGGACUGGAUAAUACUGUACAAGAGUUUGAUCGUGUCAUAAGAUCUGCUCCAGGUUAUCAAAGUGAACAACACGUGGGAAUUGUGGGCAUGGGUGGCUGCGGUAAAACCACUCUCGCCAGAAAGUUAUAUAACCUGAAAUUCUCAAGCUUCGAUAACUGUAGCUUUCUGUCCGAAGUAAGAGAGGCUGCGUUGCAUGAUUUACAGAAGAAGCUCUUGGACGACGUGCUACAUCUUAGAGACAUACCAAUCAAGGAUGCAGGCCAAGGCAAGUCUAUUUUGGCUGGGCGUUUAAGACUCCUUCGCGUGCUCAUCGUUCUGGAUGACGUUGAUCAUGUGGAUCAAUUGAAUGCUCUUUUGCCAGAGAAAGGCAGAAACCUUGGACCCGGUAGUUUGAUAAUUGUUACUACACGGGAUUCGGGCGUACUUAGAUCGUGGGGUAUCUCUUCUAUUUAUAAAAUGAGGAUGCUGGAUCCGUGUCAUGCGAAGGAACUUUUUUGUUUGCAUGCUUUCUUAGAGCCUGGUCCACCGGAUGCCUUCGUAGGUCUUGUUGAAAAGUUUGUGAAUGCCUGUACUGGAUUGCCAUUGUCUCUUAAAGUUAUUGGAGAAAUGCUUUACGGAAAGUCUGAUGAGUACUGGAAGUCUAAUUUAAAGAAGAUUUCCAGAUUAUUGCCCAGAGAGAUAAAUAAGAGGCUACGAAUUAGUUAUGAUGCACUAGACAAUGAAGAAAAAAAUAUAUUUUUGGAUAUAGCUUGUUUCUUCGUUGGAGAAAAGAAAAAUUUGGCGAUUGCAGUAUGGGAUGCAGCCGAGUGGAGUGGUCUGCAGAGCCUGGAAAACCUUGAAAACAAAUGCCUCGUUGAGGUCGACAAGCAGAAACGCAUAAGAAUGCAUAAUCAUCUUCGCGAUUUGGGAAGGGAAAUCGCAAUCGAGUGCUUGCCCCAUCGUCUUUGGUCCCCCAUGCAGAUUAAAAAUAUUAUGCAAUACACACAGCAAAGAACAUUGAUCCGGGGAAUAAUGGCUGCUACAACUCAAUUUGUUUCAUGUCCUGCUUAUGACGAGUUCCCUAGAUGUUGCGAUUCAUACCCUCCACCUUUUGAAGAAUGCAUUGAUCUUAUGGGCUCCUCAAAUAUAGGAUUUAAUCGCAUUAGAUCAAGGAUUCUAUUAGAACUUCUUGUUGUUGCCGGAAAUCAUUUCACCUCAGACUUCGCCGAACUAUCAAGGGAUCUGGUGUGGCUUCGUUGGUUUGAUUUUCAGCAUUCAAAUCUUCCGCCCUGGCUUUCAUUAACAAAUUUAAGGGUUUUAGAGCUUUAUGGCGCAUCGAGAUUACAAGAAUUGUGGGGAAAUAAAGGGCAUCUUCCAGAAGAGUUGAGAGAGAUGACUAUUACUGCUACUGAAGGCAACGUUUUCCACACAUUUCCAAGUAUAGCAUCAGAUCUGAAGCAUUUGACAAAGAUAGCCCUGAUUUCUUAUCAUGGAGAUGAAUUUCGCUUUAAAAAACUGCCAGAUGAGUUUUGCGAUCUUCAAUCGCUUGAGCACCUGGAGCUUCGCCAUUGCAAAUUGCUGUCAACCCUACCCGCCCGUUUCGGGGAAUUAAGUAAACUGUGGCAUCUCGAUUUGUGCUGUUGCCAGAGUCUAUGGAAGUUGCCAGAUUCUUUCAAGCAGCUGGUGAGCCUGGAAUAUCUGGAUUUAUCAGGAUGUACGAAGCUUCCUGCAGUGCCAGACAUUCUUAUAAACAUGAGAAAGCUGGAAAAAUUGUACUUUUCAGGACGCCCUAAAUUGCAGGAGUUGCCCUUGCAAAUUACAGAGCAGAAGUCCCUGAGAGAGCUCCACCUGAAAAAUACAAUGCUAAUGGAUGUACCAGAUAACAUCGAUCAACUAAGCAAAUUGGAAACGCUGCUGAUUGGAAGUCCGUACCUGAGAGGCUUACCUACCUCUCUUGGCAAGUUAACAAGUUUGACUCGUCUGAAAAUUAUGGGAUGCAUGAAACUAGAAUCUUUGCCUGAAUCUGUAGAGCGCCUCAACCAUUUAGAAUACUUAUGUAUAAAGUCCUCCGGCGUGAGGACUUUGCCAGAAGGAUUCAGGCAACUUUCAAGUCUUCAAAAUUUGAAGAUUUGUGAUUGCCCGAUUGCAGAGCUGGAUUUUGGGUCGGGCUCUACUUCCUCACUUCAUAAACUCAAGGCGAUACAAAUAAAUGCAACCAAUGUGACGAGGUUGUCAAUUUCUGAAGAUUGUUGUCCCAACCUCGAAAUUCUCCAGCUUGAGCUAAAUUGUCAUUUAACUGAACUAGAAAUCCUCCCGUCAUCAAUCAAAAUGGUGAAAGUGCAUGAAUGCGCAAUGCUGCGCCACAUAAACAGUAUACCUGGCCUACUAAACCAUGAAACUUUCGAUAUAACGGGAUGUCCAGAAUUUGGUCCAGAUCCCGUUCCAGCGAACACGAGGCCGGCUGUAUCAACUCAGUCCGCAUGGAGGUUCAGUUACUUCCAAAGCAUGUUGAACAGGACAUUCAGGAGGGCUUUCUCAGAGUAA